AUGGGGUUCUGCCAGAAGGUUGAUUUCGAAAAGUGUGACGAUUUGUGGAAAGAAAUGGCAUAUUGGAAUAUCCAUCCGAACAUCGUUAUGCGUAGUUCGCGCGUUUCAGGGGUUGCUGUGGAUAUGUAUUUCUUCCGGAACUCUAUCCUACUAUGUGAAGGCAUUGGUAGAUCCGCACAUAGCACAGUCGUGGCUGUCUGUGGGCCACCAUCACCGUCGUACGGUUCCUCAUCAAUCUAUCCAGUGCUUGUUGCACAAUGUGCUCUGACUCUGCAUCCAAAGCGCUGGUGGCUUCAUCUAGCAGAAGAAUUUCUGGGUUCUUCAGCACUGCCCGAGCAAUUGCUACCCUUUGCUUCUGGCCGCCAGAUAGUUGCACCCCUCGUUCACCUACUUUGGUGGAGUAGCCCUGAGGAAGGGCGCUGA